AUGUCGCGGAUUGAGGAGCUCCCAGAUGAUUUUGACGAGGCACUCAAUCUUCAUGAGCCACCUUCCCAGGUCGCUCAAGACCUGCCGCAACCUGGUUUCGACGCCUUCGCCGCGUCCAACGAUGCGCCUUUUCCAAUCAACGAAGAGAGGCUGAAGGAGGUCCAAAAUGACCCGAACGCGCCCAAAAUGCCGCCCGUCAUGGCAUCGGUCAAAUCAAAUACCAAAGAAGACUUGAUGAAGAUGAUGAACCAAACCCCGCUGUUCAUGACCGAUAUUGAGAAUGCGGGUGAUGAAAAGGGUGAAAAUGUUCUUUUGGAUGCACUUCACGCUCUUCAGAAUGAGGGAAGCCGAGCCGAGGUCGCCCAGAGUUUCAAGGAACAAGGCAACGAAGCUGUGCAAGAGAAGCGAUGGAUCGAUGCCAAGGAAAUGUAUACCAAGAGUAUUGCCGUUAUCUUCGCCAAGGAGGACAAGUGGGAAAAGCCUGAGGAUCCCAAGGCGGAAGAGAAACUGCUACGUCAGAUGGAGGAACUCUCGCAUAUCAACCGCGCAUUGUGCCACCUUGAGCUUGGCAACUACCGCUCUUGCACCCUCGACUGCGCUGCUGUUCUUAGAGUCAACCCCAAGAAUGUCAAGGCCUUCUACCGUUCGUCAAUGGCUCUGCUGAAGUUGGAUAAGGUAGCUGAGGCUGAGGACGCUGCUUCGCGUGGUCUGGCUAUCGACUCCGAGAACAAAGCCCUUCAGACCGCUGCAUCCAAGAUUGCCGAUCGCAAGGCUCAGGUGGAGCGCGUCGUGGCCAAGCGGAAGGCUGAAGAAGAGCUCGUACGCAAGCAGAACCUGGUUCUAAGCACGGCUCUUCGUGCCCGGCAGAUCCGCACUCGCAGGACUGAUCAGCCUCCAGACAUGGAAGACACCAGGAUCCGCCUGGUUCCCGAUCCCCUCUCGCCAGAGAGCUCGGUAGAAUUCCCGGCUGUCUUCCUUUAUCCCAUGGAGGCCCAGUCCGACUUCAUCAAAGCGUUCUCCGAGCUGCAUUCGAUUGUGGAUCACCUGGACUAUAUCUUCCCGCUGCCGUGGGACACCAAGAAGGAGUACUCGAUCAACAACGUUGAGUGCUUCAUGGAGACUGUCUCGGGUGGUCUAAUCAAAGCUGGCAAGAAGCUGCCCUUGUUGCAGAUUCUCUCUGGCGGCAAGGUUGAGAUUGUCGACGAGCUUGUCAAAAUCUUCGUUGUCCCUCUUUCCAAAACUGGCGCUUUCAUCGCUGAGAUGAAGGCACGGAAGGAGGGCUGA